AUCAAACCAGAAAGGCCACCCACUGUGAAACAAAAAGAGAACAACAAACCUGGAAUCUCAGGUUGUUGAGAUAUUAAGAAUUCCCUUUUCUUCCCAUUGAAAUUUUAUCUCAACACCAAAAACCAAAAAAAAAAAUCUACUUUUCUUCCAGGGCUUGAAGUCCCUAUCCUGAAGGGAAGAAAAACUCACCUCAAAUCUUCAUCUCCUUUGUCUCUGCCUAUGGCUUUCCUUUGAAGAUGGUGCAAAGAAAGGUGCCCAACAAGCUUAGUAUCCAACUUGAUCAUGUUAAAUCCGAUAAGCGGUUGGGGAACCUCAAAUCACCCUCUUCUCAGCACCAGGAUGGCAAGAACAGAGGAGCUGACCUGAAGAAGAGAAUGAAGAAAUCAAGAUCAAUCAAACGUUCGGAGUUUGAGAGCUUGUUGUCACCAGCUUUGAGACAGCAAGUGCCACAACCAGGAAAGCCACCGCCUCCUGAUGUUCCAAAAGCUGCGGCAGUCCAACAGAAGCAAUCUCCAACAAAAGCGCUGCAUGGAUCGCCGAAUUAUAUGAAGUCCACAAGCAGUUUUGAGGCAAGGAAGGAGCAUAUUCAGGUGAGUUCUCGGAAUUCUCCAGCUGGUAGCGAUAAUAAGAAAUCAAGCAGAAAGAACUCAAGCAUCUCGAAACUUAGUUCGGCUUCUGGUCAUAAACCAGGCAGAACACUAUCUAGGACAUCUAGUUUGAAACUGGUGAGGACUUUAACAAAGACUCCUAGUUUUAAACCUGCGAGAUCAUCAACAAAGAAAUGUUCUCAAGUUGUUCUUUGUGAAAAUCUAAAGGCACAGAGAGCAACAUGUUCUUCAACUUUAAAAAAUUCUAUGUUUCCCAAUUACCUCACACUUGGUCCUGGGGCAACCGAUUCAGAAGGAACCUCAGUCAUGAAGGUUUGCCCCUAUACAUACUGUUCUCUUAACGGUCAUCAUCAUACUCCUUUGCCUCCAUUGAAGUGCUUCUUGGCGGCAAAGAGACGUAUGUUGAAGACUCAAAAGAGUAUAAAACUAGGAUGUCUAUCUCCACGCCGAACAAAGCCAUCAGGUGCCAGAAUGAAAGAGAUUGAUACUAGGCAGGUGAUCCUUGAUGAGAAACCUGCAAUUGAAGAACUUGAUUUAAAUAGCUCAGAAAUCAAUCCUCUGAUACAAGAACCCAUGGAUUUCUUCAUUGAAAUCUAUGUUGAAGAUAAAGAAGAUGCUUCUGAUGCAAAUGAUGAAUACAAGCAUGAUGGGGAUGAUCAGGACAUGAUUGAUAUUUCUGUUGGUGAGAUCACACCAUCAGUUGGAGGAAGUGAUGAAACAGUAGCAGGACAUGAAGAUGGACAAGUCGUUGAGAGCCUCCCAGAUGAAUCACUGCAUUCUGAGAUUGAUUUUGACGACCACCUUGGUGGAAACAGCGAUGUUAUUUCAACAGAAAUGGACAUUGCCGGUUCCUUUGCUGAAGAUGAUCAAAAUGCAGAAGCCGCAGAAGAAGUCUGUUCACUAUCCUCAGCUCAAGAAGAAACAUCAUCAGAGUGCUCGAGCAAUCAAAGCGACUUGGAAGUAGAAAGCCCUGCAAGCUUGGGACUAAAUGAGCCAGAUGCCGAAGCUUCUGAUAUGGAGUGGGAAGAGGGGCCAGACUCUGCCCCAUAUAUCGAUAAUGAAGUUGAUAUUUCAAUCCAAACCAACAACAUAUCUGAUAUGGAAAAAGGUUAUUCAUGGGAAGUUGACAAUGCUAACUUCCUUGAUGAACCUGAUUUCAAGUCAGAUGACAUUCUAAGCAGUUAUUUUGAGGAAUUUCCCGCUGAUGAAGUGCUGCAAGAAAAUGUGAACAUUGAGGGAUGGUUCAGUGAUGGUGGUUCUGAAUCAGACGGUUCAUUUCAGGAUUUGGAAAGAGAUGAAUCUGUCCAGGUAUCCAACAACCAAAACCAUGAUCAAAUUUCUUUUUGUGUCUAUGCAAUCGAGGAAUUUACAGCCACAGAAGGAAGAGAUGGAAAGACCGAGUCAGAUGGCUUUGUGGGCAUUGCAAUUACUUCAGCUACUGUUGAGAAGCCUACUGAACAAAGGACAGCUGAUGAAGAAAAUCAUGGAGACUCUGAAGCAGAUGAUGGAAUCCCUAUAAUGGUUCUUGAACUUGAAGAUGAUGAAACCAAGUGUGCGAGCAGCAACGAGGAUGAAGCUUUAACUGAUCAUCAGGAGAAUCUCACUUUCCAAAAUGAAGAUGCAACUGUGUUACUGGGGUAUCAACAGUCCGAUUCUUCUAUUGAUUUCACUGAAAGGGAUCAGGAUGAAACAUAUGACGAGUACACUGAAAGCCAAAACAGCACUGAAGUUAAUCCAUUCGGUGCUGCUAUUGAAAAAGAGGGAUGCUGUGAAAAGGUAUUUGAUGGAAGCUUUUUUAAAACAGAGGAUUCAGAGAUAGAUCAGAAUUGCCAAGAGCAAAAAUUCCAAAUGGUGGACGAGCAACUUGAUGCAGCCAAAUCAUUGGGUGACUUGCUGGGUUUCGUGGAAGCUGACCAGGACACAACAAUGGAAGGCGAUGAUGAAAACCAGCUUCAUGCCAUUGCCAAAGAUGGUGAAUCGAAUCAAGGUUUUGUUGACGAAGGCCUUCCUGCUGAAACUCAAGAACACUCAUCUGAUGAGCGAUCCCAGAGCAAUAACACUGUUGAAAAUCAGGAUCACCCAGAGAAAGAUCAAGAUGCAGCUGAGAAGUUCAAAUCAUCACGUUCCAUGGAUUCUCAAGGGCACACUCAUUCAGGGAUGAAUAAAUUAAGGUCUGCUGAAAAUAGCAAUGAAGGUGUUGCCAAAAUGGAGGUGGAAGAGAGAACCGAGUCAGAUGCAGAAAAUACAUGCCUCAGAGCCAAAAAUGUUGCUGCCAUGGAAACAAAAAAUGAGCUCUUCCAUUCAGGAAACAAUCAUGACCAAGAACUGCCCAAUACAUGCAAGAAUCCACGAGGAACAAUCAGCAGAUGCAAGAGAGCAAAUGAGGACUGCGAGGAUCCAAGAGAUUUCAACCCACGAGAGCCAAAUUACUUGCCCAUGGAGCCAGACGCAGAAGCAGAAAAGGUUGAUCUCAGACACCAAAUGAUGGAUGAAAGAAAAAAUUCAGAGGAAUGGAUGGUGGAUUAUGCGCUCCGACAGACAGUCACCAAACUCGCUCCAGCUCGGAAGAGAAAAGUGGCACUUCUUGUUGAAGCUUUCGAAGCCGUCAUGCCAAUACCUAAAUAUGAAAGCCGUCUGAGGCAUACUUCAGCAGCUUUUACCAAUGUCAGGCCCAUUCAAGCAUGCAGCUGAUGCUGCUUCUUAAAGGUGAAGAUCAAAUGACACAACAGCUAGGAAGUAUAUGAUCGUUCAACCAAAGCCCAAGUUUUAGGAGUAACCUGCAGUUCAGUAGAGCAACUAACCUGUUGUUUGUUCAACUCUUUUCCAGAACUACCGGCAGCAGAACAGCUUGAUGGAGUGAUGACUGAAUGCAGAUUGAAUGCUAGAUAAGCAUUAGGAUUCUCUUAAGCUCUGUGGGCAUUAAGAACAUUAAGUUAAAUAAUAUAUGUAAAGUGUGGUGUUUAGUUUCUUCAAUGUAAUCAAAUCUAUUCUUGGCUGUUGUAGUGAGUACUUCUACUUCCAAAUAACUAUAGUCGAUGUUUGUUGGUAUUA